UGGGAAUUGAUCGCUUCCCCACCUGUUUAAAGACUUUGAAAUCAAAGGCAAAUUGCCUGCAAAGAAGAACGGGCGUUGAAGGCAUUUUGGACAAGACUCACCUCCUUUCCCAUUGGAUUUGUUCCUCCGUUUGCUUGCUCCGUUUGUGAAAUAGCGCUAGCUACAUCUUGCCAGCGAGUCUGAUUAAAAUGGCUCCAUCCAACGAACAAUCGACGGACCCGGUUGCCCCAUCUGUGUCCGAAGAAACGCUUGUAAUUCCCCCAGAAUCUAUAACGGGUGCUGACGCCAAAGUCCCCGACAAUGUCGACAAGACAGUCGCAAAAAUAGAAGACGAGAAAACCUAUGAAAUAAAAGAACACGAUCAAGAUGUUGAAGCCCCAGUUACUACCGGCCAUCCACCAAAAGGACAUGUCGCUGUCCCGUUGCCAAGACUUCAAUUUGUGCUCGUAUUUGUUGCGCUGGCCAUGGCCCUUUUCCUUGCUGCUUUGGAUCAAACAAUUGUUGCGACAGCAACUGCGCGCAUUGCUCAAGACUUUUCAGCAUUUUCAGAAAUUGCUUGGAUUGGAACCGCCUACUUAUUGACAGCGACGGCAGUCGCACCCACUUAUGGCAAACUAGCAGACAUCUUUGGACGAAAGCCAAUGUUUAUAUUUGCUCUCCUUGUAUUCGAAUUUGGAUCAGUGAUCUGCGGUGCUGCUCAAAAUAUGGUCAUGCUGAUCAUUGGUCGGGCCAUCGCAGGAGUUGGAGGCGGUGGACUUUUUGCUUUGAUUUUGAUCAUUAUUGCAGACCUGGUCAGCUUUGAGGAUCGUGGCAAGUACCAAGGGUUGAUGGGCGCCGUUUUCGGAAUUGCCUCCGUUGUUGGUCCUUUGCUGGGUGGUGCAUUCACUGACCACGUAUCGUGGAGGUGGUGCUUUUACAUAAACCUUCCCAUCGGUGCUCUCACUGUUACCGUUGUCCAAUUUACCCUCCGCAUUCCUUCGCCAAAAGGCUCUAUUCGCGAUAAGCUUCACCGUAUUGAUUACAUAGGCACAGCCCUUCUCAUCACCGGUCUUAUCCUGAUCCUGAUUCCACUUCAACUCGGAGGUUCAGAGUGGGACUGGUCUGCUCCGCAAACGAUUGCGCUCUUUAUCGUUGGAGCAAUUAUUCUCGCUGUAUUUGUCUAUGUGGAAUUGAGAGUGGCACAGGAGCCUGUAAUUCCAGCCUCGGUCUUUGAGAACCGUAGUGUACCUGCCAUUAUCGCCAUCGCAUUCUUCCUUGGUGCAAAUUUCUUUUCAUUGGUGUAUUACAUCAGUAUCUACUUCCAAGUCGUCAACGGUGAUUCGGCUACCAAAGCGGGUCUCCAAUGCAUCCCUCUCAUUCUCGGCGUAUCGGUAACCUCAAUCGUCGCGGGUCAGCUCAUGUCUAGGCUUGGCGUAUACGUCCCCUUUUUCUAUAUCGGUGGGAUACUCCUCACCAUCGGUGUUGGUUUGAUUUCGACUCUGGACUCUACGUCAAAUCGUGGGAAGCAAAUUGGCUUUUUGCUUCUUUCUGGCAUUGGCAUCGGAGCAAUGAUCCAAACUCGGAUCAUUUCAAUCCAAGCAAGUGUUCAAGUACAGAAAAUUGCAGUCGCGACAGCUCUUGUUAAUUUUGCUCAAACAUUGGGAGGGGUGAUGGGCAUGGCAAUCGUUGGAACUGUCUUCAACAACGUCCUAACGGACAAGCUACAACAAUAUUCACCCGGAACGCCGUUUGAAGAAGCCACAAAACACGCAACCGAAAUUCACAGCUUCGCCGAACCCCUUCGAUCAAAUAUGACCCGCGCGUUUACAGAGUCACUUCGCACAACGUUCAUCGUCCUUAUCCCAUUUUCAGGGCUUAUUGUCGUACUCACGUUGCUUGUGAAACAGUAUAGAGGGGCGUUCAACCGAGCAAAGAGUGUACCUGCGAUGGCAGAAUAGUACUUAUUCUAGAUAUGCAUUGUAAAUUCACCUGUAUUAAUUCUUGGACCUUUUAAUGAUAUUUUCAGAACGUGUCUAUUACCA